AUGGAGAUUCCAAAGCGCAUCACCCUCAUCGACGUGCGGGACAAAAAGUAUGUCUUGCCCGUCAAGCUCAUCGCCAAAAACAAACUGGAAUCGUUCCUUGAGCACGCCCCCCCUCGUGAGAAGGACUCCACCUCGGACGAUGCGAUCGUCAAGUUUCCAGACCCGCCCGACACCGUAGAGGUCAUGGUCCAAGUCCUUCAGCACGGCAAGUUCAACAACUUCCCACAUUGGGAGGACCGUAGAGCCAUACUCGGAAACUUGCUGGACGUCGUUCGCGUCGGCGAGAAGUAUCAUGUCUACGAAAUGGUGAUUCGCGCCGUAGACAUGUUCGACGACACCGUGAAGCUUUACAAAGACCUCUUUCCCAAGAUGAGGUACAAGUACGCCGACCUUGCAGACACCGUUGGCGCUCUCUACAGGCCUGACCUGCCCGAGGGCUGGGACGAGAUGACUUCCGGUGAACUAUCCUUCUCCAGGCGCGCGCCCCGCCCGGACAGCUUCAUGCCCAGCUACAUCCCCUUGCUCAAGCGUUAUGCCGUCCGAUUUGCGGCCGAUAAUUACCUCGAUAUCGCGUACGAUUGCCCGGACCUUUUCGGCAAAAAUGUCAUCAUGUACCCAGAUGGGUUGCAUCCGUUCCACAAGGAUGUCAAGAAGGCGAUGAAGAGGCAGAAGGAUAUCCGAAUCAAGUGGAAGAACAAGAAGGUCAAGAUGGACGAGAAGAGCUGGAGCGACUUCUUCGCCGACGAGCGCUACGUCACCCUCGUCGACCCCGAGAACGACAAGAGAUACCUCCUCACCCGCAAGGACGUCCUGGAGCAGAGCAAGUUUCUUUACGAGUGUGCUCCCACCAAAGCCUGGUCCAAAGAUUGUUUUGGCGAAGAAUACCACUUCCUCCACGAGAUCUACGAGCUCCCCGACCACCUCCACGGCAUCCGCGCCAUCGCCGCCAUGAUCGCCGACGGCCCCCGCUCCUUCGACGUCCCCGACGACAUCCAGGCCAAAGACCUCUCCAUCCAGUACCUCGCCCACGCGCUCGCCGCAGGCGACAAGUACGGCGUCUUCGGCAUGCGCGACGCCGUCAACGGGCUUCUUCUCGGUAGCACCGAUUACCUCGCCCGCUGCAGGAAGCCGUCCACCAUCGUCCACGCGGUCAAGACCGUGUACGCGCUCGAGCAGUACGGAGAGAACGACAGGUUGCUGCUGAGGGAGCUGAAGGACAGGUUUGUCGAGUGGGCUGUUGCGCGCGGGGAGGGAUCAUGGAACGAGGGUGCGUUUAGGUGCGCUUGUAAGAAGGUGCCGGCGUUUGAGGAGGAUGUGCUGAAGGCGGAGGAGAAGAAGAAGGAGAAGUACCGUACUGCUAGGGAAGGCGGUACGGAAGACAAGGACGUGGACGGCGGUGCUGGGGAGGCCGGUGGUUCUGAGGAGGACUCGGACAGUAGUGCUGGGGAGGACUCGGAUAACAGUGCUGGGGAGGGUGUGGAUGAUGAGGAGACUUAG